GCUGGCUCCGCCGCCGCCGCGCCGGGACGGGCGGGAGCCGGGGAUCCCGCUCCUCUCCGCAGCGGGGGUGCGGGACGCGAGGGGCCGUGCUGGCGGCGUGCGGCCCGCCGGCUGCCCUCUCGCUCGCUCUCUCGCCGGCCCGCGUCAGCUGCGGCCGGGGCCGCCCGCCCCCCUCCCGGUGGCCGCUGAGCGUCUGGACGUCGCUGCCCAGGACAAACGCGCGCUUCCCGCCGUGCUGCUUUGCGUGAAGGCCCCGGGACCAGCGGGAGGGUCCCCCCGCCGUGGCACGGCGGGCCCCGCCGCGGGAGAGGCCGGUGCCGCGCUGCCUGUGGCUCUGGAGAGGCGGGAAUCCAGCGCGGGGUUUGCGGGGAGCUGAGGGAGUGUCGGCGACCUGCCGGCGAGGAGAUGUGCGGUUCCUGCCCGCGCCGCAGCCCGGCCGCCCUGCGGGGAGCGGUCUCCUUUGUCGAGCCGGGACCUGCUCGCCUUUCUCCUUCGAGCAGCAGAGGAGCUAGCGGGGGAAUAAAAGCCGGCUCGAGUUGACGUGGGAGAAGUUCGGCCGCAGGAGAGUCUGCACAGAUUCCUACAUACUAAAUGAUAUCCUGGGUUUAUGUCCUGGAAGGAUAUUUCAGCCUCAAAAUGGAAAUCAUUUGAGUCCUUUCUCAUAUUUCACAGAGGAGCCAGCAUGCUGGUGACUGACAAGCAUAAAGAAAAAGAGGAUUUUUGGCUUCUUGGAGAAACAGUAGAAAAUGCAAAACGAAAUAAUAAAGCCUGCUAAAUACUUCUCAGAAGUGGAGAAAAGUGUGCUGCUUGCAUUAGUUGAGAAAUACAAAUAUGUGCUUGAAUGUAAGAAAAGUGAUGCAAGAACUAUUGCUCUGAAGCAACGUACUUGGCAAGCACUAGCUCAUGAAUAUAAUUCCCAGCCCAGCGUAUCGCUGCGAGACUUCAAGCAGUUAAAGAAAUGCUGGGAAAAUAUCAAGGCACGGACAAAAAAGAUAAUGGCACAUGAAAGGCGGGAGAAGGUAAAAAGGAGUAUUAGUCCACUUAUAAAUACUCACAUCAUAGGGAAAGAGAAGAUUGCCAGCAUAAUGCCUGAGCAAAUGUACUUUUUGCAGAGCCCACCAGAAGAAGAUUCUGAAUAUCAGCCUGAUGCUUCUAGUCAAGAGUCAUUUGUUGUCUCAAACAGAGAACUCUGUGAUGAAGAGAAAGAGCUGGUACAUUUCCCAGUGUGUGAAGGUACCUCCCAACCUGAGCCUUCAUGUUCUGAUGUCAGAAUAGCAGCUGAUAAGAACUACAGAAGUAAAGCAUCUCAGGAAAGUGCUCUGAAAAAGAUGCAUGAGGAAGAACAUCAUCAGCAAAUGUCAAUUUUGCAACUGCAGUUAAUCCAAAUGAAUGAAGUUCACGUGGCAAAAAUACAACAAAUAGAAAGGGAGUGUGAGAUGGCCGAAGAGGAACACAGGAUAAAAAUGGAAGUGCUAAAUAAAAAGAAAAUGUAUUGGGAGAGAAAACUGCAGACCAUCACAAAAGAAUGGCCUGUAUCAUCGUUUAACAGACCCUUUCCUAAUUCACCAUAGAACGCUAAGGGGCAGAGAAUCAGUCUGAUUGAGCACAUUUUUGAGUAGCACACACUGGAAAGGAGGGGGUUUUUAGUGUGACUGUACAGUGACAGGAUAGGUGCCCAGCUGAUAAGUGAACACUCUUUGACUCUUAACUUUUAGGGAAACAGUGGUAGAGUUCACAAGGGGAAAACAGUAUUGUUCAUUUGUAGGUGGUUCUGAUUUGUUUAACUUCCAGACAUGCAGUGUUCCAAAAUGUGAACAUGUUUUCCCCUCUCAGGAUACCCUAACACCCUUUUGAAAUUUAAGGUACUCUGGGUAUUCUUAUACUGGGUGUUCUUAAGCAAACUUAAUAGCUUUAAACAUCAGGUUAUAGUGUUUAUUUCUUUCUCUUCCUGUCCACCAUUUCACAAAGGAAGGUGAUAGCUGGAGUUGUGCUUUGCUAUUGAGACAAAAGAUGACUGACGGGUAUUGGUUGGAUUGUUAUGCUGGGGCUCAGGAAAAAAAAAAAAGGCACCAAACAAGACUUCUGUGCUUAAUAUAGUUCAUAACUUAUUCUUCAUGGAAGAUGUGAAAAUGAAGGAAGUAGCAGAAGGACCUCUGCAAUAUCUGAGCCCUUUGCUUGUGAAGAACAGUAAUGUUUUCCAGCUGACUGGCUGAUGGAGAGAAUGGUUGUAGACUGGCCCUCCAGUUCUUUGAACCUUGACCCUUAAGAAGUUGGAAAGAAGGUGACUUAUUUCUCAAAAGCCAUUGUGCUUGUCUACUCUUUUCCAGCCCUCUCUUGUAUUUAACUGGAAUACCAAAAUAAGAGGGUCUCAUGCUGCUGCCAGCACUGUGUGCUGUUCACCUGGAGUCAUUCUGAGGGGAAGAGCUUUUUAACACUUCAUAAAGUUCCUAAAAUGUAGCAAGCCAACUAGUCCUUUGGCAAAGUCUGCCUCUGUCUCCCCAUGCAACACUUGAUGGCAUAGCAGGAGCAUUUCAGCCUCUUCCUGGCUAUGUAAGAAGACUAAGUCUUGCCCUCUUUAGCUUCACAUAGGGUGGGAAGUAGUUCAAGGGAAUCAUUCCUGCCUUGGUGCACUGUUCUGUUUUGUUCUGUCCUGUGUGGUACGGUGGUGUGUUUCAUGCCUUUGCUGUCUGUGAGGGGUGAUGGACAUGAUUUGUAAGAAAACAUUCACAUGAAGGUCCCCACAGAGUUUGGGGGCCUGGAACAGUAGGUGAUAGGAAAGCACAAAUAAAUCAACACUAUCCUUCCCCAGGAAAUAAUUUAGUUUAGUGUGGGGCAAGGGUUAAGAAAAUGUGAAAUAUAGAACUCAAUAAAGACUCAUAAAAACUUCUGAUAUGUGAAGAGCUGUUCUACAGGAAGGUAUACAACAAUCAUUUGAAGCAGUGAGAAAAAUUAACAAAAAGGUAAACUUUCAGUGAAAAACUGGAAUAUCAUUCAAUAAAGUAUUUUCAGAUCACGAUUCAUGAAGGCAAGUCCAUACAGAGAGUAAUGCGUGCAAAUUAACUUCUGUUACAAAGCAUACAUACCCAGUUACACUUCCACCUGUUCCCUGGGUGUUCUUUCCGGUGGAGUGAGUUACUUUUGGUUUGUUUUGGGUUUUUUUUUAGUGUGUGUUUCUUUUCCUGAGCUGCUUUCCUUGCUGAUGAUUCAUCUUUGCAAGGACUGCCAUUUACUCACUGUGGUUAACGCUGUGGUACGUGCAUUGCUCCCUUCAAGGUGCUAACACCAGCACUCACAGUGGGAGUGAUUUAUUGCAACUUGUUUUAUAUGAUAAAGAAAAAAUCAUGUAGAGCUGCUGCAUAGGCCAUGUAUGAAAUUUGAGGACAGAUCUUUUUGACAGCAAACUCAGUUUUCUUAUAAGUUGGCUGUAUGAAUGAAGCACUGGAUUUCCAAAGAAGGGUAUCAUUAUAGACACUUUUUUUUUUUUUUCUUCUAAAUGGAAACACUAUUGGCAGGUAGAGCAAUCCUGUAUGAUAACAGUAGAGACAAAAAGAAGACAUGAACAGGAGUGAGGACCUUUUUAUUCUGAAGUUACAUUCUCUGGUCUGGAAAAUGAGUCAUGUUUUCAAGUGGUUAUGACAAUUGCUCAGGCACCACCCAAAAAAAAAAAAAAAAAAGAAUUGGAAAGACAUUUGUCUUAACCAGUUACGGAGUUCCUUUCACACUGCUUCUAAGUGAAAGUAAUUUGAAACUAUAAUAUUGAAACCAUGUAUGUUAAGGUGUCAAAGGGUGAUGAAUGGAGACAGUUUCAGCACUGUGAAGAAAGCAAGAACGGAGAGACAAUUGAGGUCUAGAUAGCCCAGUGAGAAGGUAUGAAAUAGUGCAGGGAUAAUCUCAUGAUACAUGAGAUAAGGGUAGUUUUGGCUCCUGACAGUUAUACAAUUGCUCAUGAAAGAUUUAUUUUUUAUAUUUAAAAUAAUAUGAAAGGUGCAUGUUUUUGGACUGUACUAAGUGAGCCAUGCCUUGCCUUUUGUUAUAUAUUCUUAUUUUGAGAUCAAAAGUUGCAUUUUUAGGCUGAAAAAUAGACCCUUUUAAUUCAGCUUCCAUUUAAAAGAAAGAAGAUCACAGGAGAAAAAUUAGAAGAAGCCAAGAUAAAUAUAUGAAUUAAUAAGAAUGGUCAGUACAUACAUAGAGGAAGAAUGGGAAUGUCACACCUAACACUAAUACAAGAUGCUUCUGUGGUACAGCUAAUAGCUGGUUUACUGGUGACACAGGCUUUUGCUUGCUUAUCUGUUGUUGGCUGUUGCUGUAAGGUUGGGUGACAGACACAGGAAAAUGUAGAAGAUCAGCAAGAUGAAGUCACAUGUCUCCUCGCCUGGCUUUGGCUUCUCCAUCUAAAGGCUUUAUAAAGUGAUUGUUGUGGUGGAGUUUCAAUGGCUUGAGAAAUGUUUUGGCUUUUUUUGCAAUUACUUUCUCUGGUAUUAGGGUUUAUGCAUUCUUUUAUUUGACUUUUCUCAUAUAUAAUAUAGCCAUCUCAUAUAAUAUGUCCAUUUUUUUUUUUAACUUGCAUCAUUCUGAGACUUUCCCAUAAUUGUGUUUUCCUGUUAUCCAUUUGGGCAAGCUAUAUAGGCAUUUUCCCCAAGUUUUUUUAAUACAUAAAAUACAGCAGUAUUUUAAGAAGAACAUGCCUGUUCUCCUUUGGAUUUGUUAUACAAUUUGUUGGCAAGAAUGAACUUAAAAAAGAUAUACUGGAUAAAAUGAUCCCUACUUAACUCCGUAAGAAAAAAAUAUAUACUAGAUAUGCAGCGGCCAUUGUUCUCAGCCUCUAUGUGCUUUUUUUAAGAGAAACUAUGACCUUCUAGGCAAGGAGUGGUGAAUUCCUUUAUGUUUUCCAAAAUUACACUAGCCUGACUCCUGGUGCUAUCUCUCCUUGGAGAUCAGCUAACUUGUUAUCUGGUAUAAUCUUUCUGUAUUUGUUGUUUUUUUACUUCUGUAUUUCUUUCUUAUGUCUGUGUUCCCCCCUCUUUUUCUAACCAGCAACACAAGCAGGAUUUCACCCAGAGCUAUCUAUUUUGCUCUCUCCUUUCUCUUGCACAGAUUGCCUGUAUCACAACAUCAGAGCUUGAAAGGCAUCAUCUUCCCAUUCCACAGAAAGCAUGUUCAGUAAGGCUUUUCUACACAUGUCCAUGCAUUCUGAAUACUGCACACAGGCUGGGAAAAAUAUUAGAGGAUUUUGAAGAGACAUUAGUAUAGACAAGGGGCCAUACAGAGUAGAGCACUUUCUCCAUUCUGGCUCCAUGUAAUUCCGGGAGAACAGUCUGGGACUACAAAAUCAUUCAUCAGGAUCAGAGCUAAUGCUCUGUGCUGGAACUGUGUAAAUGGUUCUGAUUCUUCAGCAAUCAUUGGGGUUCUGCAGAGUUUGGACUCGGGGUUUCCUUCUUUUUAGGUAGCAGAAGAGUAUCAGUGGGAGAUUUUCACAGAUGCUUCCUUAAAUCGAGGCUCUUGCCUUGACAAAGAAAUAACCCAUUCUGCAACCUAUUACACUACUUCCUUCAGUGCCCAAGCUGCUCUUUCAUGGGAGCAAGUGAUCUUAAUGCUUGCCACAAUCCUCUCUGAGAUGCUUCUUCCUGCACUACAAAGAUGUGUUUAGCCAGACCAUGAAGGACACAGCCCUCCUGGCCAGCCAUUGCUCAGGGACACUGUCCUUACAGAGCAGGGGCACUUGGUGUGGCUGAGUCCAGCACUCAGACCAUGGGGCCAAAAUAGUCCUGUAGCAGCCCCGUGACCUGAAAAAAAAUAAGGGUGUCUCAGGGCUACCCUUUGCUGAGCUGUACCACAUCUAGUGCAGCUGAGGAUGUUGCCUUGAAUUUUGUUUAAUGGUCAUUUACCUUUGUGUGUUUCCAAUACCAAAUCUUAGCAGUCUCCCCAGGAUUGUAUGAUUACACAGAUGUUUCUCAAUGACCUGGUGCAGAUACUUCUUUUUGCUAGUUGUAGUUACAGUGGCUUUGAUGAUCGGUCCUCCUCUUUUCUCCUCACUUGCAUUAUAAUGCUUCCAGUUUCAUUCUGAAUCUCUGUGGUUACAGUCUGUACAACCCCACAUCUGCACAGUAUCCUAUUUUCUGGUAUUUUUUUCAUGAUAGCAUUGAAAUGAUAAACUGCUACACAUUUAUAUAUUGUUAUUUUGGUGGCAGGGGAAUAAUUACAUGUAAAUCUUAAAAGACCAUUUUAAUUGUAUUUUUUUUCCAGGCAAGUAAAGUACAUUACAAGUAGUCCUGUGAUUUCAUAUCUUGAGCUAUCUUGUUCAAAGCUAUUUUUGUGACUGAUUCAUCUUAGUUGUUUUUAUAACUGCCUGUCUUUUUGCAUUAUUUUUCUGUUUCUUCUCAAAGCAGCUGACUGUAAACUCGCACAUCAUCACUCUUCCUGAAUGUUGUCUCCAGUUAGAUACUCAGAAAUGGUUCCAUACACAGUAAGACUAAUGUGUACUAAAAUAAAUACAUUAAGGCUAAUAAAAUAAGCCAAGUAACAAGAUGAUAGGAUAAUAUGCAGCGACUGUUAAUAUAAUUUAAAAAAGAUGUUACAGAGGACAGCUCUGUACAUUUGAUAAAAAGAUAGAAGACAAUUUGUUGCCAACUAUAAGAAUAGGGUAAUAUAUUUUUAUAGUAAAAGCAAGCAGUGAUCUGUUUCCAGUAUCACAGAUUUACUUCUGUGCUGCUGAUUUACAAGGGACUUUGUGUCUUAGAAAUAUAUAAUUUUUACAUGAGUUUUUUUUGGGUUUGUUUUGGUUUUUUGGUUUUUUUUUGUCAUGGAAUUACAUAAAACAACUUGAUUCCCUUAUAUGUAAAGGGGAUGCACAUAGUAAUGUGAACAGGUUUCUGAGCCUAACGAGCAAUAAAAGAAAAGUAGAAAAGUACUAGCUGUGGCUCUGAACAUUUUACCGUUCUGGUGGUGAAGGGUUUAGGCAUCCCAUAACAUCAUCAGUCAUGUUAAUAAUACUAAAAAAAUUACAAACUUACAAAGAUAAAAAAAAACGGGCUGGUAUGGUUUUCAGAGCAUGUCAGAAGUGAAGACAGCUCUUGGCUGUUCUAAGAGGUAACACUGUCACAUAUGUUGAGCAACUCCCCUGUGUGGUCUUCGCCUUCCCUGAUUACUCUUUGCUUGGAGACUCUGGACACCUUCAUCAUAUCAUUCACAGCUCCAAGUGCCUGACAAUAAGAAAAGUGACCACAUCAAGUAGAAAUCAUGCCAGAGUUACUAGACCUUACUCUUUACUUAACUGGACAAUUUUCUGAGACAAUGUUGUCCAGACACACUUGCUAUGCACUGUGGAAAGGCACAUGAAAUUUGUCCAGCACGUAGUCUGCCAAAAGGCAUAGGCUGUGCAGCAAGGAAAAAGGAGGUUUCACACUGCAUGGCUGUGGGUUAUAAAGCUGUUACAUUCAUGAGGGCAUGUGGAUGCAGCUCACUGGAUAGUCAACCUCUUUAACAGUAAGAAUCAAGAAGCAUUUUUGCCAAAUCUUCUAAUUCACACUAGUCUACAUUUAUCAAUUUCUCAAAACAGCCAUAGAAGAAAAAUUUUAAAAAAUUUAAAAAGAGGGGGAGGGGGAAAUUGAGAGCUGGCUAGAUAAAAAGCUACACUAUAUAUAUAUAUAGUGAAAGAACUGCCUAAUGUAACAGAAAUGAAGCAAGAUAGAUUUUGUAUAGUCCUUAUUUAAUUUAUGUGGGGUUUUUUAAAUGUUCAUUGAGAUUGUUUGUUUUCCUUUUGUUAUUCAGUCCAGCUGCAGAAUAGUUGUGUGCUUCAGUUUCUGACCAUAUGUUAGGGCCCCUAAUUAAUCAAAUUUGUUUGGCAAGGGACUAGAAGUAGGCUUGCAUUCAGCACAACUUGAGAUUGAUUGUAUUCCACUAUUUUCAGAUACUUCUUCUCAGAUAUACAAGCCUGUUCUUGGACAGGCUUGAAUCUGAAACUGGCCUUAUAUGCCAAUUUAGUAGGAAUUUAUUGUGGCACUAAUGAGGUGACAUAUAAGCUGCUCAAGCUCUGUCCUUUAUUUGGUCACAUACAAAACCCCUUCCCUUUGCUUAGAACUGUGCUCUGGAAUUAUGUACUAAAUCACAAAUGGACAAGCUGAAUUGCCCAUAUAGGUUCCUGCCAUGUGUUCUGUGUCACAGCAUAACGUGGAGGGAAAACACCUCCUGCUUCUGUUUAAUUGAGGAGUUUUGAAAUUUUGACCUGUUCCUCUCACUGAAGCUUUGCUAAAAGUUGUUCUGUUCUAUUAGACACCUACAUGUUCCCACAGAACCGUCCUUCAACCCAAUUAGCCACAUGGCUUUAUAACUCUUGAGUACUAAGUCUGUGGGCUGUAUGAAGCCUGAAUUGACACAUACAUGACAAAUUCCAUUUAUCUCAAAAAGACCUUGUAAGUGUUCUCACACACUGAGAAUAUGAAAAGUACAAAUUAGGGAGGUGAUGUGAUGGAUUUCAUAUUUAAAACAAGGCAGAAAUGUUGGCAGGCUGGGAGUUAUCUGUGCUGACCUACUAGAGAAGUUCAGCAUUGGCUUAAGGAACAAUGACAUGCAAUCCAAAUAUUGCCUUAGCUCCAACUUUCUGUCUAAAAUGUAGUGUAAUGAGAAGUCCUUGCCAAAUAAAGCAAGAUUAGUUUCCAAAA